CUCACUGUCUCUUCUUUUUCUUUUUUUAGCCCCCUUUGUCUUUGUUCUUGUCUCUCCUCAUUUCUCUCGUGCUCUCUCUGCCUGUGUUUAUAGCUGUCUGUCUUCCUUCCUGUGCCUUGGUCUCUCCAGUCUCUCUUAUUUUUUUCCUGAACAUGCUCCCUCUUUUAUACUAUACUGUUUUUUCCUCUUUCUUCAAUUUCAGGUUCAGCCCUCCCCCCCCUUUCUCUCCCUUUCUCAGUUCUUGCUCUCUGCUUUCUGUCUCCCUCACCCAAGUCCCCUGGCACAGUAGCUGCUGCCCAGCCUCCUGCACUGAGAACCCUCCCAGCCUGCCUGGAGCCGGAGUAACCCAAAUUGGAGGUUCCUGUAGCUAAUGCUGGAGAGGCCCUAGGGUCACGACAUUUCCUCCUGGGGGUGACUUGGCAAUGCGUGCUCACUUUCCUCACUUCUGCAAUUUCCCGACGACAACAAUCAAGCUGAGUCUGCAGUCAGAGAGGCUCAGCUCCCCAGUUGCCGCUGCUGCCUUGGUACAGAGAGAAAUCAAGAGAGGAGAGGAAGACAGAGAGGGGGAGAGAAAGAUAGACACCUGCAGACCUGCUUUACUGCAUGUGAAGCAAAUGCCCCUGAAGGGAGCAAGACAGAAGUCAGAGGAUUACUCAGCUCUGAUACUGCGACCAGCUGCCCCAUGCAGUCUAGAGCAAUGGGGUCAAAUGAUUCCCUCCGUGUGGAUUCUGAGUUCAGAUACACCCUCUUCCCAAUCUUCUACAGCAUCAUCUUUGCGCUGGGGGUCAUUGCCAACAGCUAUGUGCUGUGGGUCUUUGCCCGCCUGUACCCUGCCAAGAAACUUAAUGAGAUAAAGAUCUUCAUGGUGAAUCUUACCUUGGCGGACCUGCUCUUCUUAGUCACCCUCCCUCUGUGGAUCAUCUACUACUACAACCAGGGUAACUGGAUUCUCCCCAAAUUCCUGUGCAACCUGGCCGGCUGUUUCUUCUUCAUCAAUACCUACUGCUCUGUAGCCUUCCUGGGGGUCAUCACUUAUAACCGCUUCCAGGCAGUAACACGACCUAUCAAGACUGCUCAGUCCACCACCCGAAAGCGUGGCAUCAUUUUGUCCCUGGUCAUCUGGGUGGCAAUUGUGUCUGCUGCCUCCUACUUCUUCUUCCUGGACUCCACCAACACAGUACUCAACAAGAUGGGUACAGACAACAUCACCCGAUGCUUUGAGCAUUAUGAAAAGGGCAGCAUUCCUGUCCUCAUCAUCCACAUCUUCCUCGUGGUCAGCUUCUUUGUCGUCUUCCUCAUCAUCUUCUUUUGCAACCUGAUCAUCAUUCGCACUUUGCUCAUGCAACCUGCACAGGUGAAGCGCAAUGUGGAAGUCAAGCACCGGGCACUGUGGAUGGUCUGCACCGUCUUGGCUGUGUUCAUCAUCUGCUUUGUGCCCCACCACAUGGUGCAGCUGCCCUGGACCCUAGCUGAGCUGGGCUUCCAGAACACCCACUUCCAUCAGUUUAUUAACGAUGUACAUCAGAUCACCCUCUGCCUCCUUAGCACCAACUGUGUCUUAGAUCCCAUUAUCUAUUGUUUCCUCACCAAGAAGUUCCGGAAGCACCUCACGGAGAAGCUUCAUAGCAUGCGUGGCACUAGUCGGAAGUGCUCCCGGGCCACCUCAGAGACCGGGACUGAAGUGGUCAUGCCACUCAAGCCAACCCCUGCCAACACCCUCAAAAAAUAGUCCUUACUGAUCAGGGCCAGGCCCAGAGGCUUCCCUUCCACAGAUAUUAGGACUGGAGAGGGAGAGUUAUUUGCUGUGGUUUGGACGUGGUCGCCUUGGGGAAGGGAUGCUGCCUCACCAAGGUGAGGAGGUGAAAGGGCCAAACUGCUCGAAAAUCUAGAUAGAACAUGGGGUAGCUCCUUCAGUUGCCUUUGGACACAUGGCAAAAUCACCUUUGUUGUAAUCUCAGCCCGAGCUAGUGUUAACUGGGUUCACACACAGGCAUUUCCCAGGGAAGGUACAGUCCUCCCUCAGCUAAAUCCUUGGAAACAUCAUUGCUCAAUGACUAAAUCUUACAGCUCUGGGAACAAUGUCAAGGCCAACAGCAGAUGCUUGGGACAGACUUUGAGCCACCCAGUCCACGGCACCAAGUUAGCAGCUUCAAAAUGGGCCUAAAACUUUUUGGAUAAUCACUCCCAGGUGAUAAAGGCAAAGGAGAAAGUUUGGGAAAAGGGGCCCUCCACUGGUUGCAUGGCAGUAUUUUUGGCCAAGGCUGACUUCUGAACUAGGCUGGUGCCUUUUACUUUUCAGACACUGGAUUAAGGUCUUUGUGACACUUCUGUAAAGUGACUCAAUGGAACCUUUUUCUGACUUGCCCAUCAAAUUUACCUGAGUGGUGACCAGAGAAAAUAAACACACAUGGGCUAGAAGUCAGGACACAGAACCUGUUUCCUGAAUUGUAUCUCUAUACAGGUCCCACCUCAGUUCUUCGAGGGAUAGGGCAGCAGAAACACAACCUCCGCACUUCUCUGUCUCAGCACUGAGCCCUGUUGAAGCACCUUCUGUGGAUAAGUGACUCACUGUGGGUGCAAAGGCCCCCUCAAAGCCAAACUUGGCUAUUCAGAGCACCCCAGUGCCCAGAGACUUCCAGGGGGAUGCACAUUUAGACUGAGAAGUAUCUGUGUGUGGGUGAGUCUCAGGAGUGAAAUGAGCUUGCCAGGUCUCUUUUCCUGCCUGAUUUUCUGUGGUACCCCUCCUGGCUUAAGUUCCAGAAGGUAGAAGGAGUAGUUUUAGUUCCAAGGGCCAGGAGGGCACUUUGAAUUC